AUGGGGUCAGAGAUCAACGCAGGGCCAAUGUGUGUCCUGGUGACUGGUGGAUCGGGGUUGGUUGGUAAAGCCAUUGAACAUGUUGUGCAAAAGGAAGGUGGGAAACAUGAGGGAGAACAAUGGAUCUUCCUCUCUUCUACUGAUGCAGAUCUUGUAGAUGUCGGACAGACCAGGGCUGUGUUCGAGAAGUAUCGUCCCACUCAUGUCAUCCACCUAGCUGCCAAAGUGGGAGGACUCUAUUUACACAUGAGAGAGAACCUGCAAUUCUUGAGGGACAACAUCAAGAUCAAUGACAACGUACUACAAACAGCUCAUGACAUGGGUGUUACCAAGGUUGUGUCUUGCCUGUCCAGUUGUAUCUUCCCUGACAAAACUACAUACCCCAUCGAUGAGACCAUGAUACACAAUGGGCCACCUCAUGACUCCAACUUUGGGUACUCACAUGCUAAAAGGAUGAUUGAUGUUCAGAACAGGGCCUACUUUCAGCAGUAUGGACAUCGUUACACCGCAGUCAUCCCGACCAACGUGUUUGGCCCCUAUGACAACUUCAACAUAGAAAAUGGCCAUGUGCUGUCAGCGCUCAUUAACAAGACAUACAAAGCCAAAAAGGAAGGGACUCCUGUGAAUGUGUGUGGCUCUGGAGCUCCUAGAAGACAGUUCAUCUAUUCUCUGGAUGUGGGCCGCUUAAUUAUUUGGGUCCUCAGAGAAUAUGAAGAGAUCGACCCCAUUAUCGUCUCUGUGGGGGAAGAGGAUGAGGUCUCAAUCAAAGAGGCUGUGGACAUGAUUGCACAGGCUCUUGACUUCAAAGGCAAAAUACAGUUUGACACCACUCUAUCCGAUGGCCAGAUGAAGAAGACGGCCUGCAAUUCCAAACUAAGACGCUACCUUCCUGACUUCACCUUCACUCCCCUUAAGGAAGCCAUAAAGAUGACCUGUGACUGGUUAAUGACCAACUAUGAUACUGCCCGGACAUGAAGUGACCAAGUACUGCCCUGAAAAUGAACCACUGCAUCUUUUUAUCUUAAUAUUAUUUUGGGGGUUCCGGUGUACUUUUCACUCUAUUGAAGCCUCUUCAGUUUUUAAUCUCUUCGAAGAAAUUUCACAUGGAGCUAUUAUUGGAAGGGUCUUUUUUAAGCUACAAUUCUUUGAACUAUUUAAUGAAACGUUUCAUCAUUUGAAAUGAUUUAGAAAGAGUCUGACAAAAUAAAGACCAUAAUCUAAUCAUUAAAUAAUAAUAGAAACAAAUGA